CGGAGCGCGGCAGAGAGCGCUGGGAGCAGAGGCGGUUACAGAAGUGCCCUGCACCCUUCAUGGCAGCGGCUCACGUCCUGGCCUGGGCGGUCUGCGUGCUGCGAGUGGCGCUGGCAACCGUCUACUUUCAGGAGGAAUUUCUAGACGGAGAGCGCUGGAGGAACCGAUGGGUGCAAUCCACUAAUGACUCCCAAUUGGGGCAUUUUAGACUCUCGUCGGGAAAAUUUUAUGGCCAUAAAGAGAAAGACAAAGGUCUGCAAACCACUCAAAAUGGCCGAUUCUAUGCCAUCUCUGCACGGUUCAAACCAUUUACCAAUAAAGGGAAGACACUGGUCAUUCAGUACACAGUGAAACACGAGCAGAAAAUGGACUGUGGAGGGGGCUACAUUAAGGUCUUCCCUGCAGACGUGGAUCAGAAGAACCUGAAUGGAAAAUCCCAGUACUAUGUUAUGUUUGGACCCGAUAUUUGUGGAUUUGAUAUCAAGCAAGUUCAUGUCAUUUUACAUUUCAAGAAUCAGUAUCACUCAAACAAGAAACCUAUCAGAUGUAAGGUUGAUGGCUUUACACACCUCUACACGCUGAUCUUAAGACCAGAUCUCACUUACGAAGUGAAAAUUGAUGGCCAAGCGAUUGAAUCCGGCAGCAUUGAGUAUGACUGGAACUUAACGUCACUGAAGAAGAUGGAGAAGUUUUCGGCAGAGUCCGAGGACAGGGAGCAGAAGAGAGAGGACAAACCCCAGGACUGGGAGAAGCAUUUUCUGGACGCUGGUGCCAGCAAGCCGAGUGAUUGGAACAACGAGCUGGAUGGGGACUGGCCGGCUGUGAUGCUGCAGAAGCCUCCAUACCAGGAUGGCCUGAAACCAGAGGGUAUAGAGAAGGACGUUUGGCUCCAUCAAAAGAUGAAAAACACCAACUAUUUGACAGAAUAUGACCUCUCCGAAUUUGAGAACAUUGGUGCCAUCGGGCUGGAGCUUUGGCAGGUGAGAUCUGGAACCAUCUUCGAUAACUUUCUGAUCACAGAUGAUGAAGAGUAUGCUGAGAAUUUUGGCAAGGCCACCUGGGGUGAGACCAAGGGCCCAGAAAGGGAGAUGGACGACAUCCAGGCCAAGGAGGAACUGAAGAGGGCCCGUGAGGAAGAUGAGGAGGAAAUGCUGCUGAUGGACAAGUUGGAUGGGAAAGAAAAUGUCUUCAAGAGGUUUCAUAGGAGGAAUGAACUUUAGUCAUUACCUCCCCAGAUAAAGACGACGGGUAAAACCUUGCUUUACUUUCACCUACUUAUAAAGGCUCAGACCUCUACUUAUGUGGUUAUUGGUUCGAUUUUCCUAGAGAAAUGUUCCAAUGCGUCUUGGUGGUUUCCCCAAGUCCCCGCCCCUGAGCACGAGAUGUUUCCUCUGGACAAAGCUGAAGGCUGGAAGCCAGAGGCUGGUGAGAGUCCGGCCAAAAAUCUUGAUGCUUUUUCUUAACCCCCAAAAUGUUUUAUAAAUAAAAGUUGGUAAACUUACUUUGAAAAAGGGGAAAUGAUACCUCAUUUCUUCACUUUGUAAAUUACCAGUAACAUAUGA